GCACGCGGACCGGUUAACGAUCAGAGCCAUUGAGUCGAGUCGUCCUGUACCAUUCAGCGGGGGAAGCAGGAGUCAGGAAGUCACGGUGCCACGACACACGCAUACAACAGCUAUAACAAUCUGGACCAGAGACAUGGCUUCUAAUGCUAACGCAGCGGGCAAAUGGGAGGUGGUGAAGAAAGGGAAGAAAAGCAGCGGCGCAGGAGGAGGCAAGAGCGCGUCCGACAAGAAGCCCGGCGGCGGCGGGGGGAGGAAAGCCCUGGGAGAGUCCAACCAGCCCUCCAGACCACCCCUGGUGAUGUCCGAGACUCUGUAUGACAAUUUUGAGAAGAUGGGAAAGAAACAGAACAAGGAGCAGGUUCCACCACCAGCUGAGUCUGAAAAUAAGAAGCCCUCAUCAAGUAAACCAUCCAAGAAAUCCCACUCCAGCAGUACAGUCACCCCCACAGCUCUCAAGACCCUCGAGGAAGCCUUCAAAACUUUGGAUGUUGGGGACCUGAAGCAGCAGUUGGCUCGCAGUCAGACCCUGUUUCCAGAAAACCCAUCAGUGUGGGUCAAAGACCUGGCAGGAUACCUCAACCUCAAUCUGACCGCAUCAGAGACUGAGCCCACACUCAGCAGCUAUGCUCACGACUACCCAUACUGCCUUUCAGGAAAAGAGCUGAAGGGAGUGAUCAAAGGCCUCAUUGGACGCUGCAGUGAUAUUCUGCCAGAUUUCUUCGACCACUGUGUUUAUACUAUGCUCAGGGAGAUGGACAGACAGGCAGGGGAGCCUCUGCAUGGCUACAGAGUUUGCAUCCAGGCAAUCCUACAGGACAAACCCAGGAUAGCCACCCAAAAUCUGCCAGAAUAUUUGGAGUUACUGCGAUCAGUUCAGAAUCGUCCAGUGAAGUGUUUGACCAUCAUGUGGGCUCUUGGCCAAGCUGGAUUUUAUGACCUCAGCCAGGGACUAAGAGUGUGGCUGGGUAUCAUGCUUCCUGUGCUGGGAGUGAAGGCCUUGUCUUCAUAUGCCAUUGCAUAUCUGGAGAGACUUCUCCUACUUCAUGCAAACCUGACAAAGGGAUUUGGCAUCAUGGGUCCUAAAGAGUUCUUUCCUUUAUUAGAUUUUGCUUUCAUGCCCAAGAACGCCCUGACAUCAAGUCUGCAGGAGCAGCUGAGGCGUCUCUACCCUCGACUGAAGGUCCUUGCAUUUGGAGCCAAACCCGAGAGCACAUUACACACAUACCUGCCAUCCUUUCUGUCCAGAGCCACACCACACUGCCCAGAUGACAUGAAGAGAGAGCUGCUCAGCAGUAUGACGGAGUGUUUGUGUGUGGAUGUCCAGAGUCUAGGAGUGUGGAGGCAGCUCUAUACCAAACACUUACCCCAGUCCAGUCUGCUGUUGAACCAUUUAUUGAAGUCCUGGAACAUCCUCCCCCCAAAGCUCCGGAAAAACCUUGAAGAAACAAUCCAGUCUUUCAAAGUGACGAAUGAAGAGAUGAAAGACACCGUCGAAACUCAGGAGCUUCAGGACUGCAAUAGCCUGUGUCAGAAUCUGCAGGUAAAGAUGCGCGGCCGUGGGUUCCCCUGGUCCAAGCUGCUCAUGGUUUUGCUUGUGUUUGUCGCCGGCUUCAUCGCUCAUGACAUCAGAUCUCGCGGCUCCUUCGCAGAUUCCACCACAGCCCUGCAUCUGCGCAACUCAGGGGUCACAGCCGUAUCCGAGCAGGCCUGGAGCAAAAUAAAGGUCUACUCCAAACAGGGCUUCAGCUGGUUGGAGACGAACACUCCUCAUUAUUACUCUGAGUGUGCACGGGUUUUGGGGCCACUAAUGGACCACGGUUUGGAAAAGACAAAAACAGCAGCCAUCUUCGUCUCUGAAAACACCAUGCAGUUUAUUCUCUGGAUCAAAGAAAAGACACCGCAGGCCAUAGAAUGGGUGAACACCAACACUCCCGACAGUGUAUUCCAGGUGUUGGCGUAUUUAAAGGCCCUGCUCCUCUCCCUGCAUCAGAACUACAUCUUGCCAGCGCUGGCGUAUCUAUCUGAACUGCUACAACGAUCGUGGACCAACCUACAGGACUCCUGCAAUGGGGAGGUGUCUGUAUCGUGUCUGCAGGGCCACGCGUUGUCCUUCACCAACACAACGUGGCAGCUGCUCCAGCACACAACUUCGGCCAUUAAGAUGUGGGCUCAGGAGCUGCUGACGCGGGCGUGAUGACCUCACAGACGCUGACUAAUUAACGUUCACAAUAUACAUAUAUGAAGAUAUAUAUAUAUAUAUAUAUAUAUAUAUACACACACACGCUGACCUAGUCUGAGGCUGCCUUUCCGUAUGCUGGCUCUCAAGCCAUGAUUGGACUCUGUGGGGUAAAACAAAGAAACUCUCACAUUAAAUUUUUUAAUCAGUUCGAUAUUGUAAAAUGUUUUUUUUUUUACCAAUCUUUUUGUCAAUGCUGGACGCAGAGGUCGUCUCUGUCUCUCUCUCUCUCUCUCGCUCUCGCUCUCGCUCUCGCUCUCUCUCGCUUUCCCUUUUCUACUGCAAAUUUCAGCUGUUGCUUUAACCUUUGGGUUAAACAGAUUGUGUAAUUUAUAGAAAAUGUAGGUUUGUAGAUGAUUUAUAAAACAUUUUUAUUUUAUGAUGUGUGUGUGUGUGUGUAUAUAUAUAUAUAUAUAUAUAUAUAUAUAUAUAUAUAUAUAUAUAUAUAUAUAUAUAUAUAUAUAUAUAUAUAUAUAUAUAUAUAUAUAUACACACACAUUUAAAAAAAGUGUGAUGUGAAAACUUUGUAAAGGGCACGGAAAAGACCAAAAAACAUAUUCCAGACUUUUUCAAGCCAAUGAGUCGUAUCAGAUGCCGUAUGUUUGUGUGUGCGUCAGUAAAACCUCCAUCAGACCUGAGAAUCUUUCCAGUGGGCAGCUCACAAUGGUAAAUCUUCAACAGGAAAGAUAUUGUGAGUAAAGAGGUCACAACUGCUGGUGGGUUGAAGCCGUCAUAAGAUUUAGAGUUUGACAGCAUGACCCUAAGGAGGCUCACAUCAGAAGAAGAACACAUCUACCUGUUAUCUCGUCUGUCUGUCCUGCACACCUCCUCGUCUCGUCUUUGCUGCUUUGUCAGCUGUCUGCAGUUUCUCUGGAGUUUUCAUUUGCCAUCAGUGGCUCAACACCGGAGCUAAAAAAAAAAAUAGAAAAGCUGUUGUGUUCUCAUUACUGCUGAUGAUAUUCUGUGUGGAUCAAAACAAGCUCAUUCUCAAUAAUGUGAUGAUGAUUAUUAACCCCUUGCCAACGUCCUCCUGUACCCUAGAUAAUGAAGAAUAAACCCCUCAUCUCAUUCACUAACCCUUAUUUGUAAACAGGAUGUAAUGAUGGAUAUGGCAAUGACUAAUGUCUUACUUUGUAAUGUAAAUGAUUUCUAAUAAAGACUUCACCCCCAUUG